CGGUGAGGGGGCUCUGGGAACGACACACAGACAGCCAGCAGCGGGGUUGCAGCAGUAACCCCAGGUGAGGUCAGGUGAGGUCAGGUGAGGUCAGGUGAGGUGAGGACGGAGGUCAGGACAAGGGGUGAGGACAGGUCAAGGGGGUGAGGUGAGGGGGUGAGGUGAGGACGGGACAGGGCAAGGUGAGGACAGGACAGGGAGUUAGGUGAGGGGGUGAGGUGAGGACGGAGGUCAGGACAAGGGGUGAGGUCAGGUUAAGGGGGUGAGGUGAGGACGGCGGUGAGGUCGGGACAGGGCAAGGGGUGAGGACAGGACAGUGAGUCGGGUGAGGGGUGAGGGGGUGAAGUGAGGACGGGACAGGGCAAGGGGUGAGGGCAAGGGGUGAGGGCAAGGGGUGAGGGCAGGACAGGGAGUGAGGGGGUGAAGUGAGGACGGAGGUCAGGACAAGGGGUGAGGGCAGGACAGGGAGUCAGGUGAGGGUGGUGAGGUGAGGACGGCGGUGAGGUUGGGACAGGGUGAGGGGAGGACAGGGAUUCAGGUGAGGGGGUGAGGUGAGGGGGUGAGGACGGAGGUCAGGGCAAGGGGUGAGGACAGGACAGGGAUUGAGGUGAAGGGGUGAGAGGGUCGGGUCGGGUCAUGUCGGACCAGCAGGAGGGACCCCUGCUCGUCCACGUGUCCGCGGGCGGCGCGGCGCUGCUGUGGAGCGCGGCCGAGGCGCGCGAUCUCCGGGAGCGUCACGGCAUCGCGGGCUCCCCCGCGGGCUCCCUGGCGCGGCAGCCCCGGCAGAACUCGCGCCUGGGCCUCCCCGUCAUCCUCAUGGCCGAGGAAGCGAGGCUCCUGGCCGAGACGGGAGCCGCCGUUCUCGUGAGGCCCUCGGCGGCGGAGGAGGGCGACGGCGAGGAGAUGGAGCGCAGGGUGCAGGAGCUGGAGGAGGAACGGGAGCGAGGGUUCAGGGAGCAGAGGCGCCUCGCCAUUCGGGAGCGCAGGGCGCGCAUGCGGGGGGGUCUGGCUGCCACCAUCGCCCGGGGACGCGAGGCGAAGCGGCGCAAGACGCGGGGGGGACCCGGCGACGGCGGUGAAGGAGGAGGAGAGACGCGGGGUGGAGAUGGGAUGGGUGGUGGUGGUAGUGGAGAUGGGAUGGGUGGUGGUGGUGGAGGAGGAGAGACGAGGGGUGGAGAUGGGAUGUGUGGUGGUGGUGAUGGGAUGGGUGGUGGUGGAGAUGGGAUGGGUGGUGGUGGUGGAGAUGGGAUGGGUGGUGGUGGUGGAGGAGGAGAGACGAGGGGUGGAGAUGGGAUGGGUGGUGGUGGAGGAGGAGAGACGCGGGGUGGAGAUGGGAUGAGUGGUGGUGGAGUGACGAGGGGUGGAGAUGGGAUGGGUGGCGGUGGAGGAGGAGGUAGGGGAGACUUUGAGGAUGCCGGUGAGGAGAGACCUGAGUUGACCUUCGAACCUGCUGAGGAUGCUGGUGAGAGGGACAAGGUGACGGCUGAGAGUGGCGAGCAAAAGUUGGAGGACAUGGAGCUUGGCGAGGCGUGCGUGGACCACCACGAUGCCGGCCAGGAAGCCGAGGAGGACAAUGCCACUGCUGCUGCUGCUGGUGACGACAAGGACGACGAGGAUGAUGAUGAGGACGACGAUGAUGAUGAUGCUGGUCUCCAGUUCACGCGAGAGAGCAUGCUGGUGCAGGUGCGCACGGCGAGUGCCACGAGGACCCUGCGUGUCGUGGAGUGGCGAGCGGCCUCUUCGCUGUGGCCCCACCCGGCGCUACCGCACCACGAGUUGCGCUACCGCGUCUACCGCGACCUGCAGCGGCGUGGCCUGCACCUCACGAGCGGAGCCAAGUUCGGGGGAGACUUCCUCGUCUACCCCGGAGACCCCCUGCGCUUCCACUCGCACUUCAUCGCGCUGUGUCACGACGACGAGCGGCCGAUGGCGCUCGUGGAGCUGCUCGCGGCGGCGCGUCUCGGCAGCAACGUGAAGAAGACGGUGCUGCUGUGCUCGCCCAUGCCCCGAGACGGCGUCCGCUACACUUCCCUGCAGUGGAGUGGCUGGAAGUAGUGACCACCGCCCUGCCCGUCGCAGCCCUUGCCCAACCGGUUUCAGCCGGUGUCCUCUCCUCCGUCACCGCUUCGCGGUUAUUAGACGCUGACCGUGCGGAAGACGUUGAAGCCGCUGUGCGCCGUGCUGGCGAUGACGCCGGGGCAUUGCGGGUGCCAGUGCAACUCCUUAAU